UUUAAAAGGUUUUUUUCUGGGUUUCUCAUUGCUAAUAGAACCAUUAAGCACUCUAGUAGUUUAUAAAUGUUUUUUUCUCUUGUCGUGCCACAUGGAGCUAACAAAAUCCAAGGAAGGUUUGCUUUUAUUGUUUAGUGCGCUAGUGAUCACUUCAUUGGACCAUGUCUGCGGAAAGCCUGCACUGAAAGCUGUUUCAAUGUUAACUCGGCAUGGAGAUCGGUCACCGUUGAUGACUUACCCCCUUGAUCCAUAUUUAAAUUACUCCUGGCCCGGAGGUCAAGGAUCUUUAUCACCGAUAGGCGCCCAACAGCUCUACCAUUCUGGGGUAAUCAAGUCCCUUCGAUAUUCAUCCCUCCUGAAUAGAAGUUGCCAUAAUAAAUCGUGCAGCAUAGAUACGAAUAAUAUCCUAGUUCUAAGCAGUUCCGCCAGGAGAUGUAUCUCAAGCGCAACACACUUCCUAGAUGCAUUUCUGAAAGGUACUUGGUCCCCAGAUUUGAUCCGAAUAAUCCUUCAAGAUGAAGACGAGAUUAUACGUCCUCCUGGAAAACCGUGCUCUGAUUAUGAAUACUUAUACAUCCGCGGGCCCGAAUGGAAUACACCUGAAGUGAUUCAUAUUAUUGAUCGGCAGAGCCCCAACGGUCGUAAGUUUCUGAAUAUUUUGGAGGAGAACACAGGAUUGACCAUUAAAAACACUUACGAUAUACUCGCACUUGAAGAUAUUUUACUCAUCCAGCUCGAUCAUGGCCUCGAGCUACCUGCCUGGGUGAAAUCGAUUUAUGACAAACAUUUGAAUCCAAUGGCCCUGGCUUUAUUCGAUCUGUGGAGCUCCUCGGAUUACAUGAAAAUUCGUGGAGGGCGUCUUUUAAACGACAUAAUUGAACGCCUCCAGAGCUACACCGAAGGAUCAAGCAAUCAAAACAUUCUUCUCUAUUCAGGGCACGACACAACGAUAGCUAGCUUGAUACAUACCUUAGGGGUAAGAAAGCAAACUGACAUCAGGCCUAAUUAUGGAGCAAUGCUAUCCCUCGAGUUGUACGAAAACAUUGAAGUUAAAAAUGAUUUAGAAAUCAAGAUCGUCUACUACCAAAAGCACUCAGACAAUGACCCAAUAAUUAUUGAAAUACCGCAUUGUAAGGUUCCCUGCCCCUUUAAGAAGUUCUCGAUGAACAUGCAAACGAAACUAAUCAAAAACUACAAGGAAUCAUGCAUACGAAGUUAAAGCCUGCAACUAUCUAUUCCGAGAAAAAGAGUGCAUUUCCUGUAAUAUAAAUUUUAGGUCGAAUUCAAAAGCACAAUAAAGAAUGGAAAAAAUA